AUGAAGGGAAUAACGAUAAUUAUAUAAAUUAUUUUACAAAUUUACCUUAUUUAUUGCCAGGAUUCUACUUAUUAACCUUACAGUUCCUUACCUUAGUACAUAUUGAAUACAUAAGCUUAUGGGAAAAUACUUAUUGAAUCUCAAACGCACCCAAAUUUUAGAUAUGAUGAUCUGCUAUUUUUAAUUUUCUAAGAAGAGGGCUUAGUGAUUUUGAACUAUAAGCAACAAAUGUCUAAAAUAAUUAGCUACAACUAAAAAAUAUAAUAAAUUUAAAUUCGUAAUAAUUUUAUUUACAUAAAUUAAAAUGGAGAAUUGCUAAAGAUACUUCGCCUUGAAAGCAAAUAGAAUUUAAAUUAGGUCAAUUAAUAUUAUCCUCCUGCAAUAGUAUAACAUCAAAUUGAUUAUUUUUUGGUCUCUGACGAUGAAAGUAUCAUUUUCAUUUCAUCGGGAUCUCGUUUCAUUAUUUUAGAUAUAAAAAAUAAACUUUAAAUUGUUGAGAAGCGAAUUGAUUUAAUUAAUCCCAUUUUUGGAUAACUUCCUAAUUAAAGCUACAGUACUACUUGGAUAACACAAGUAGGAUCUUUUUUGUUUUUAUCAAAUUAAAAAGGUCACAUAAACGUUCUACAAAUUUCUAAUGAUUUUGCUUCUUUUUCAUUUGUUGUUUAACUUUCUACAUAUGGUUUCAACUCUAAGCAAACUAUAUUUUUAAGAUCUUUAGGAGUAGUAUACUCAUUAUCUCGAGAUUAUGGAGUAUAUAUUAUCGAUGUUUCAUUUCUUUUAGAGGCAAACCCAGAUAUUUAAGGUUUUAUUCACCAGACAAGUACAAAUACUCCUAAUAUAUUAACCAAUAAAGAAAGCAUCCAAUAUAUAAUUCAAUCACCUGAUCAAAAUUAUAUUUUUUUAGCAGCCCGUUCAUCAGGAGUACGGAUAUACGAUGUUUCCUAAGAUCCCUACAAUCCUAAAUUCACUUAAGGAAUAAAAAGUCCUGGAAUAGCAAUAAAUUUAAGCUUUUUUCUAGGGAAAAUGAAUAUUAUUCUUCUUAGUGAUGGAGAAGGUUUAGUUAUAUUUGAAUAAAUGGAUAAAAUUAAAAAUAGUAUAUUUAAUCAAUACAAUAUUCUAAAUACAGAGAGUUGUGUAGCAGUAAAGCCAUUUACAGAAGAAAAAUGGCCAUGGUUUAUUGUUAAUUCAAAAGAUGAUAAUUUUAUUGCAGUUAGCGGAGGAUUGUAUGGCCUUAAUAUAUAUGAAAUUUCAGAUGAAAACAUAAGCAAUCCUAUUUUAAUCUUUUAGUAGAACAUUAAUCCUUCAUAAAAUGACAGAACUAAUGCUCUUCUUUAUCUAGAAUAAAGAGAUUUAUUAAUUGUAGGAUAAAGCAAGAAGGGAACAAUAAUUUAUGAUGUAAAAGAUUUUACAAAUCCUGUGUUAAAAAAACUCUUUAAUUCAGAUUAAGAAAUAAAUGAUCACACUGAUUAUUAAACUAACUCAAAUUAAACAUUGGUAGCUAUCUCAUCUUUUCGCAGUAUAAUAAUACUUGAUUUAACUAACAUAAAUGACUCUUCUUCCACGAUUAGGGUCUUAGCAAAAUAUGAAAUUCCAUCAAAUAAUUUAAUUUAGAGAAGUAUUUCAAGUAUUUCUUUUAAUGAAUAAUUUACCUAUGGAUUUUAUGCGAUUAGAGAGUAUGGAGUAUUUGCUUUUAAAAUAAUUUAAAACAAUAAUAACUCAUAAUAUUAUUAUUCAAUUGAAGUUUUUAAAAGCCUUUAUUCAAGUGGCUCUUAAUAUGUUCAAUAUGAUUUAAAUCAAAAAUAUGUUUUCAUUAGCGAUGGAAAUAAUGGAGUUGCCUUGAUAGAUGUGUAAAAUCCUGAUAAUCCUAAAAUAGUUCAAAGAGUUCCUAUAAAUGGUUGGGUUAUAAAAACUUACUAGCCCACUAUUAAUCAAAACUUGUUAUUCGUUAAUUAAAUGGAGUAGGGUUAGCUCUCAUUGUUAGACAUAUCCGACAGACUUAAUCCAGUAAAAUUAGCAGAAGUUUAAUAUGGGUAUGAAAACUCAUUUUCAACAGUUACAAACAGAUUACCCAUAAGAUAUUAUUAUGCCUUUACUGUUGAAUAAGGCUUUCGAAUAUGUCCUAAUAACUAAUAGAUUAAUUUUAUUUUAUCUAUUUAAACUUAGAAAUCUUAGAAAUUAAAUCUUGACUAGAGUAAUGAUCAAUUUAAAAUGUUAAUAAAUUUAUAAGAUGGAAACGAAUAGAGUGAUAACAAUUAACUAAGUUAAAAGGAGUAAGUAUUGGAUAUUAAUUAAGUAUUAAUAUAAGACAAAGUCAAAAUGAUACUUUCACCUAUAUAUUACUCUAAUAAAAUUAUGCUGAACAACUUGUUCUUCUAUUAAAACUUUUAAAUUUAAUAAAUACCUUCUUGGAUAACCUACGAUUCUUCUACUAUGUAAAUAGAUUUGAUACCUAGCUAUGAGAGUUUAGAUUAGGAUCAAGACACAGUUACUCUACUUCUUUAAAUCUUAACUUAACUUACUCCAGAAAUGAUAUAAUCAAAUAUGAUUACAUUGAAGUAGGCGACUUAGUUAAUCAAUAUUAUGAUUGAUAUGGGAAUUGUUGACGAAUAAAAUUAUUUUAUACCAUCAAAUGAAAGAAUUUAUUUUGCAGUCCCUGCAAUAAAGUAAGUCUUUGGAAAUUUAGCAUAAUAUGAAACUAUAUUAUAGCAAGUUAUCUAUAACUUGAAAAAAGUUUAAUUCAUAUAUCCUGUAACUUUGCAGAUUUUAUCUUCUUUAGUUCUAAAUAGCGAUCCUAAAAAUCCUAAAGCUCCAUUUAUCUCCACUUUUUCAAGCAAUAUUUAAUUAGAUAUUCAAUUCAUUAAUUAAAAUUCUUCAACUCAAGAAAUUCUUGUAGAAUUUGUUUCAGUGCAAUACACUGAAAUCGUUGUAUAAAUUUUAAAUAAUAAUAAAGCACUAAGAGCAAAAUCUGAUAAAGAUACAUUAAAUAAUUAAAUCCAAAAAGGAUUUAUUUAUGGAGUGAAAAACUUUAAUACUAUUGAAACUAAUGAAAUCUAAGCUAUAUUUAUAGUUAAUGAUGGAGUUAACAAACCAGUAAGUACUACUUUUAAACUUUUCAGUUGCCCUUAUUUACUCCAAUUGCAACCUCUUUAACUCUCAUCUACUACAAGUCUCUAAUAAUAAUACUCCUAGUAAUAUCCUAAUGACUUAACAGUUGAAGAGCAAUUCACAAUACGCUUUACUCCAACUGUAUUUAUUAGUUCUAGUAAAUAGCAGCUCUCUUUUUCUGCUUAUUUAUUACAAGAUGGAGAAUGGAUAAAAUUAGAAAAAAAUGGUUCACUUUGGAUUUCCUUUGAUCCUACUACUUUAACGCUAAAGGGUGAGAGAUACUUCUAAGAUUUGUUUAAAUCCUAUCAGAUAAAAAUUUGUGCUUCAGACAAUUUUACUUAUAUUGAAGACUCUUUUACUAUAUAUUUUAAAUAGCUAAGUAUAGUUAUGAUUUUUGUUAUUGCCUUUGUUGGAUUUAUUUUUUUUACUUUAAUUAUCGGAAUCUAUUUGUGUAGGCAUUCAAUCCAUAAAUUUUGGAAAUACAAAUAAAUUUCAUACAAAGAAAUAACCAUUAAUGCUAAAGUUUUAUUCAAAAAAUCUAUCGUUUUAGCCCCACACACUUAGUUUAACUUAGAUUUGAUAGUCAAAUAUUUAAUUCAAAACGUUAAAGAAGUUUUAAAAAACCAGAAUAAAGGUAAAGCCCCAUCUAAAAUGUAGAUUAAAUAAUAUAUUAUUUCUAAAUACACUGACCCUCAAACUGGUGAAAUAUUAAUGUAAGAUCUUUCGAGUGAUGCAAAAUCAAUUUACCAUAAAAAUCCUGCAUAAUUUAAAAACUUAAAUGGAUUAGAAAUUAGUUAACUAGAUUCUAGAAUAAAUAUUGGUCUCUUCUGUAUAAUAUCAAACUGGGCCUUGGAAACAAAUUAAGAUUCAAAUAGAUCUUUUAAAUUUUUAAAAAAUUAUGCCUAAAAUAAGAUAAAAACUAGUGAUUGGUAUCUGUAUUAUUUGAACGUCACAGAUUCUAAAUAAGUAGACCAUGGUACAAAUAACUCUAGAACAACUGGAUCAUCUGAUUAGGAAUAUCCACCUAUGUACUAGAUUAUAGAAAUAGAUGAGGAUAAUUUUGAUUAGGUUUUAGAAAUCAUAAAAGAAAAUAUGAGAAAGCAAAAUUAAUAAAGUGAAUUAAAAACUAAAGUUUUGGAGAAUGCAAUACUAUCUUAAUAUUAUGGAUAUAAGGAGAAUCUAAAAGCUAAGAAUUGGAAAGUAAAUUUUGGAUAAACUAUGUACUUGCAGAUGAGCCAGCUGAAGUAGGUAUUAGUAAGAUAAAAGGAAGAUGACCUGGCACAAAAAAAAUCAUUUUUAUCUCAACUUUCUAUUAUAAAGUAAUUCCGUGAAGUUUUUCUAAUGAAUUUCAAGAGAAUUAGUCUGAAAAAUGCAAAUAAAUAAAAUACAAACUUGCCAAAGUGGCUAAAUUAUGAGUUAAGCGAUAAUAAUAUUAUUUUCAUAAUGAAACCUUAACUCAAAGAUAUAGGGGAAUAUUUAGUUGAAUUAUAAAAUCAUAGUAAAUAUAUUUUUUAUAUAUUUAAAAUUAUUGUUAGAGGUUUUCCAAGACAAGCUAUUUAAAUGGAAAAAUCUACCAAUAACCUUAAGCUUGCAAAUGAAAAUUUAAAUUUAAACUAACAAGUUAAUAAUUCGUUUGACAAAAAUAAUGAGUAAGAUUUUAAAUUUGGUAUUUUAAAUAAGCUAUAAACUGUUUAAUAUGCAUAAGAAUCACCUAAAUCUUAAAAUUUUUAAACAAUCUAAUAAUUUAUAAAUGAUAAACCAGUAACCUAAAGCAUUCAAAUGCAAAAUCUAUCAAAUAACUUAUUUAUUAAGCAAGUAACUGCUAUCUCUUAAUAGUGA